CGCUGCUCAACCCGGAAGUAAUACUUCAACCUCUGAUUUCUUAUUUUCCGUGCAAUUUCAGUAGCUCAGACUUUAAAGUCCCAUUCAGAUUUUACAUCUUCUCAGUCGAAAGCAUGGCCGGUUAUGAAGAAGUGAACGUGCACGGAUACGAGGAAUUCUGUAAGGCGGUGUCUGAGAGAAAAGGGAAGGAUAUUUUCGCGUAUUUUUCAGGUGACAAAGACGCAGAGGGAAAGAGCUGGUGUCCAGAUUGUGUGAAAGCUGAGCCAAUUGUCAGAGGGGAGCUGACUCAUCUUCCAGAGGGCUCCGUCUUCAUUUAUUGUCAAGUUGGAGAUAGACCAUAUUGGAAGGAUCCAAACAAUGACUUCAAGAAGACCCUGAAGUUGACUGGGGUUCCCACUCUGCUGCGAUACGGCACACCUCAGAAGCUGGUGGAGGAAGAGUGCUUCAAGUCAGGUCUGGUGAAGAUGAUGUUCACUGAAGACUGAACGGCCCCCGGCUCAUAAAGAGCCAACAUUUCUUCGCUAAUCAACCGUUUACACUGCUUCAUUCAGGCACUUAGUAAUCACGCAGUUCUGAUUUAAAUAUAAACUGGUGCAACUGAAUUGCUAGCUGCGUUUUUACAAAACAACCAGUCUGUCAAAUGCGGCUCCCCGAUUCGUUGUUUAGCGGAUGUUGUUUUGAAGGAUCUAUUUCUUCUUUGAUGAUACUGUGCAAUCAGUCAAUAAAUACACGCACACACUAAUUGUUAAUACAAAAAGCAACUAGAGAUUUUUCUGUUGUGAUUUUUUUCCAUUGCCUUGCAAUUGAUCUUAAAUAAUAAAAAAACAAAAACAUUUGA